AUGUCUGAUCAUCCUCGAGCUCCUCGUGAUCGGUUGAAUAGGAGGGAGAAAGAAUUCAUUCGGAUAGUUCGCUCCCUUCCACGACCAUACCCCGACCCGGCGAUAGAAUGGCAGCUCAAGCUUUACAGCCUGCUUACCAGAACCAAGCGCAGGCUUGACAGGCUUCCAAUUGCGGCUCUUUUGUCUAAUGAGCACCUCAGGUGGCUGCGGGUUGUUCGCGGAGCGGACCUAAACGUCGACGAAGCCGAGCCGGUCGACCUGGAAGCCAGAUUCUUUAUGCCGGCUCCACGGAAUCCUUUGAAAUGUUUCUUGGAAAUGUAUUCCAAUGGAUUUUUAGGGUGGGCCAUGCCUGAUUAUUGCGCGAUGAAUGGAUGGGAAUUGUUUGACGAGAGAGUCCUACCCGUUCUCCGCGUGUUGAGGUACUAUCAUGCUGUUAUAAACGCCGUCGAGAAAUCGUACCCUGAUGUUGGUACCAACCCAUACUGGUUUCCCGCUGGCUUCAGGAAAUUCAAUCCCACCGGACUACAGCGAUCUACCGACUAUUUUUGGAUUCAAGAUUUUUAUCAUUAUAGAUCACCCGAUGUUUCGGGUCCAGAUCCCGCAGUCCCUCACUCCAUCGUCUCCUUGGUCGACACUAGCAUCGACGUGCCUGAUGACCAUAUUCUGAAGAGCGAGUUACUUAUGGGUAUACUUUGCAUGCGCCAUAUCCUCGCUUUGCGGCACUGGCCUGGACACUAUACAUUACCUCUUCUGAUUUUAAGUUACCACGACACAAGAGGCCGAAUUAUCCAGAUGCACUGCGAAAACGGCAAACUUCACAUCCGGAUGUCUCGCCAUCUCGAUCUCAGCGUCCCAAAAUGCCCCCAAGACGUCACGCAAAUCCCUCGGGAUGGUCUAAUUAUGACGAAGUGGUUUCUGUCGAAGCCCAUUGGCAACACGGCCUUUUUUUCUCCGCCUCACAAGGAUAGUCAGGAAGAAGACGGUCGUCAAAAGCGCACACACCAAGAGCCCGGUACUAGCUGGCCAUUGGCGAUUCCCAAAGAAGAGCAUGAUGGUAAUGCCGCACAAAAUCAGCAAUGA